AUGAGCAGCUACACAAGUGUGAUAGUUGAUUGUGACUCAACAAAUUGGGGUAUGUUGAUCUCAAAAUAUCCAGAAACAAACGUUCUAGAAGAUAUUUUCUCUGCUGUAAUAGCUUUAUGUAAUACUCAUCUAUUUUUAUCAACAAAUAACAAACUACUUGUAUUAGCCGGUGGGGCAAAAUUGGCAAACAAAAAAUUUCAGGAAGUUGAAACGAAUAAAACAGCUUUGGAUUUUGCAAAAUCACUUGAAAUUUUUUUAAGAAAAAAAUUGGAAGAAAAUGUGAAUUAUGAGGAGCCGGCAUCUUCUCAAUAUUCUGGAGCUAUUUCGCUUAGCAUUUGUGCUUUCAAUAAAUAUUCUAAACAAUAUCCCAAUUCUUCUGGUUCAAUUAUAAUUGUUAAUUUGGCCCAAAAUCUUUCAAAUGAACACAGUACUUUAAUGAAUUUAUUUUUUGCUGCAAAACAUUCUUCUCUUGUUGUAAAUUCUGUUUCUUUGAAUGGAAAUGUUCCAAUUCUUCAACAAGCUAGUGAUAUAACUGGGGGAACUAAUGUGGUUUUAGACAAUAUUAAUUUGCUUGCACAGACUGUUUUGAGUGAAUGCCUAAUUUCCUCCAAGACUUCUCUAUUUACCCACCCACAACAAAACAUUGAUUACAGAGCUGUUUGUCACUGUCAUAAUAAACUUUUGAGUAUUGGAUGGGUGUGCUCUGUUUGUUUGUCUGUUACUUGUAAUUAUGUUCCUUUCUGCAAAAUUUGCAAGUUUGUUUUUUUCUGAAUUUUUUAGAAAAGCCGGAAAUCUGCAUAGUAAAUCGAUGAUGCUCUAUCGAUUUGUAUAAAAAAAGUCCAAAAUUUUGACUUACAGUUCGUGAGGUUUCCUUAUUAUAGAUUUAUUUUUUGGGGUUUAAUUCCCUUUUGUGUUGUUAUUUUACGUUCCUCUAUUCUCGUAUUUUUUUGUUUUUCCUUGUUCCUAUUUUUUGGGAUUUACUAUUUUUAGGCUUCUUGGCAUUUGUAAAGUCUGGGGGUGAUACAUGUCCUUUUGCUAUUAAUUUGGUAUUUUUGG